AUGCAAGUCAAGCAUCGAGGCCUAUACUGGCCCUUGGCUGCAGUCUGCUUACUGCUUAUGGGCCAUACAACAGCGUUUGAAUAUCUCGAUGGUAUCAAGCCUAAUGGCAAUGACAACGCGCCGGAUGUGGUUUCUUUCGACCCAUCCUGGAACGAGUCUUAUCCCGAUUCUGAGAGUCAUGAGCCUAGUCUAGGUGCCGGUAGGGGCUUGUCUAGCAGGGCUAACGACUUCUACCUGAGAGUCAUGCCGCUGGGCGCAUCAAUCACUCAGGGUUAUCUAUCAACUGAUAAUAAUGGCUAUCGGAAGUGGCUCCGCUCUCAGCUUCUGUACAGGGGCUGGAAAGUCAACAUGGUUGGGUCUAAGCAAAACGGUAAUAUGAAAGACAGGGAUAACGAGGGCUGGCCCGGCUAUCUCAUUGACCAGGUUCACAACGAGUUUAGAAAGUCCAUGUGGAUGAAGCCGAACCUUGUGCUUAUAAACGCCGGAACGAACGAUCGUAACCAAAAGAUCGAUAUCGACGGGGCCCGAGGGCGCAUGAAGGCUUUGGUCGACGACAUUUACUCCAAUAUUCCCGGCGUGACGGUUGUUCUGUCCACAAUUGUCAGAAGCACCAAUGUCACGAAUGAUGCGUGCGCGUCAAAAGUGAGCAAGCAGAUACGUCAGCUAGUGAAUUCCUACCGUGGCCAGCGCAUUGGCCUUGCAGACAUCAAUCCAGUCCUGCCUACGAGUAUGUUGCAGAAGGAUGGAAUUCAUCCCACUGACGCCGGGUAUAAGCUAUUUGCCUCGGUUUGGUGGGACGCUAUUAGUCAGGUCCAGGCAGAUAUACAAGCUCCAGCAAAAGUCAGUGGCAUCGAUGACGCAGUCAGUGAAAAGUCAUCCGAGUGCAAAAAAACAGCCGGCAAUUCUCGGGCACCGCAACAAUCGCAACGGGGCAGCGGCCAUGACGACGGCAUCUACCGACACUACAGCCAUGCACAGGGCGUACUUGAGUCACUACGACUUGAGAAUGGUGGUGACUCUGCGUCGUUGAUCAAAGAUUACCCUUGGCAUGUCUUCUUUGCCAACAUUGUCCUCAAUUCCGCCAAUUCGCCACGGAGUAAUGCUCUAGAUGACAUGUCUCACAUUCACCACGAGCAAGACGGCACCAAUACUUACUGGUACCGACAGAACCAGGGAGGCGGUAAGUUUUCUGACUCCAAGAGGUUCGAUGUCGACAUGGAUUGCAAUGACGGACCUCGCUAUGCAUUUGCCGACUUUAAUAACGACGGUUUAGAUGACUUCUUCUGUCUCAAGUCCGGCUCGGCUGUUUGGGUGUCAAUCAAUCAGGGAGGCAACCCGCCCAAGUUCAAGAGCAUCGGCCAGGUUGUUGGCAAACACGACGGCUACGAAGCAACCGACGUCCGUAUUACGGACAUUGACGGCGAUGGAAGAGCAGAUUACUGUCUUGUUGAAGAUAAUGGAUCUGUUACAGCCAAAGGAUUGCGAGAGACUGUCUUUGACAAGAAUUCCAAGCCAGGAGCUAGCAAGUCCGGUGUUGUAUUUGCGGACCUCAACGGAGACUUUCGCGAUGAGUUAAUGUGGGUUAGCGACACAGGCAGCGUUCACAUCUGGAACAAUAUGCGAGGCUGGGGCAAGGGCAUCGUGCCUGAAUGGCGGGAUGCUGGGCUGACCCAUAAAGGCCAAACUACCAAGGGCAUCCAGGAUCGUAUUAAGUUCGGUCGCAUCUAUGGCUCUAGCCGCCGAGACUACAUUUACCUGAGAUCGGAUAAAACAGGAAUCGAUAUGGUUGUGUGGGAAAACAAGGGGUUUGGUGGCACCAAACGGAAGGCCGAUGGCAACUUCUACUGUGAUAUGCGCGGCACCGGCUCUGACGACUAUGUUUGGGUCUAUUUCGACGACCAUGCAGCCGAACUUAAUGCUAAUAUUCAUAAUCCUCCAUUAUGGGGAAACGACCUCAAGAUCGAACUCAAGGUACCAGGACCUCGUGUUGGUAUACACCUAGCUGAUUGGACGGGUGAUGGCAAAUGCGAUGUUCUGGUGCAGAACGAGGCAACCGGUGCCUUGACGCUCUAUGAGAACACGUACAAAACGGGUUCCAAGAGCAUUACCUUUACCGAUAAAGGCGUCGUCACGCCUGCGACUUGCUCGCAGGGUUGGGGUGUAAGCCCCUUCGACCGUGGCAUGAGACUUGCUGACAUUGAUGGAGAUGGGCGGGCCGAUGUCAUGUGUCUCGAGUCCAAUGGACGUAUCACGGGCUGGCUCAAUCUCAAGAGUGGCAUGGAGAACAUUGGCCAGGUUAAGUUUUCAGAGGGAAGUGAUCGAGCCGAUAUACGUUUCGCAGAUGUUGAGAACUCAGGCCGAGCCGACAUCAUCUACCUCGACAAGUACACCGGAGCUGCCACUGUCUUCAAGAACUUGGGACGAAAGAGUGGCACUGGUAGUUCCUUCAACUGGUCCAACCGUGGGGUUUUAUAUGCACCCAUCGACCGUGGUGAGACGAUGCAUUUCACCAAUCAAGGCGGUCUUGGCCGGGCUGAUCUUGUUCAUGUUCUUCCUUUUACGAACAAGUUGCCAAAAUACAACACUGGUGGCCAAGAUGGCGGCACCGAUGAUGGUUCUGAAGAUGGCGGCGGGAGCGAUGACGAGUGUUUUAAGCCAACUUUUGAUGGCGACUCUAAAGUUAUUCUCAGUGAAAACUUCCCGGACCCAUCCUUUGUUUUUGACCCUGAAUCUUGCACUUGGUACUCCUUCGGCAGCCAAGACAAAGGAAAGCUGGUGCAGAUAGCACGAUAUGACAAAUCCAAGGAUAAGUGGGAGCUACUCGACGACGACGAUCCACUUAAGGAUGCUGGCGCUUGGGGCCAAAAUCUCGAUAUCGUGGUCCCAGAUGUUAUACGGGAUGGCGGACAAUGGGUCAUGUACUACAGUGCUUUCACUCAGGACGACCACGAUGGAAAGCGAUGCAUUGGUGUGGCUUUCACCGACUCGAUCCGUGGCCCGUAUUCACCGCGAGAUGAGCCUCUCGUCUGCCAGCUUGACAAGGGCGGAGUCAUCGACCCAAGUGCCUUCUAUGAUCCCCCGAGCAAUACGAGAUGGGUCGUGUAUAAGAUCGAUGGGAACCGGAUUUGCGGCAAGACGUCUAUCAUGCUGCAACAGGUAUGUCAAGUCGCUGCUAUACUUAUGGGUUCGAUCAUGACUGACAUCUCCCAACUCGAGAAUGAUGGAUUUACACUGAAAAACGACCCAGUUGAAAUCCUCAGUGAGACUGACGACGAAAAGUUGCUUGAGACGCCGAGCCUCGUCUACGAGGACGGUUCGUACCUCCUGUUCUACAGUUCUGGUUAUUACACGUCAGAUACGUACAGCAUCAAGUACGCAACGUCGGGUAGUAUCUCAGGCCCAUACGAUAGGGGAGACAACAAGUGCGUGGUGUGGUAA